UUUAAAUAUAGUUGGUUAGUUGGUUAGUUGGUUAGUUAUAGUUGGUUAGUUAUAGUUAGUUAGUUAUAGUGGUUAUGUCGUUGACUACUUCAGAUAAGAUUGCCAGUCUUAUGGAAUGGCUUAACGCCAACGCCUUCUGGAACAACGACCAAUUGGACGUUGAACAAUCCAAAGAGUCCUCUGGGAUUGGAGUAUUUUUCAAUUCACCAGAUGAAGAUGAAGAGGACGACGAUAAUUUGUUAUUAAGGAUUCCAAAGGAAAAUAUUCUUUCACCUAAGAACUCGCUCAUUUGGAAUUUGCUCGUUGAUUAUAGUGAAAAUCAUAUUGUAAACUUCGAUGUUGAUUUAACUCAAGGUAUGCACAGUAUUGUUAUAUGUUUUAUUUAUGAAUUGGCAAUUGGUUCUAAAUCACCAUGGUUUCAAUAUAUACAAUCCAUGAUACCUAACGAAACUGAAGAAUCCAAGUUCAAUAAUGUCCCCAUUUGUUUAUGGCCCGAAAUUUAUAAGAAAAGUUUAUUCAAUACUGAAUGUGAUUUACUUAAUAUGUUAGAUAAUACAGAAUUGGUUAAUUACUUUAUUGAAUGCAUUAAUUUCGCUAAAGUCAAUUCUUCCUUUAUUGAGAUCCCUAAAGUUUUCGAUGUUAAUGUGGAAAUCAAUCAAGACAAUAUCGAUCAAUUACCUAAAAUCAUCUUGGAUAAUCAUCACGAAAAAUUGAUUCAAUUUGGUAAAUACGUUCAAACGGUUAUAAGCCGUGCUUUUGAAGUUGACGAAUUCCAUGGGCUUUCCUUGGUUCCUGGGGCUGAUUUGUUUAAUCAUAUUCCUCCGGUUCUCAAUGAAGAUUCAAGAAUCUCCGGUAGAGAAGAUGUCCAUUUCGUUUGUGAUGGUGGUGAUGACGUUUGCGAUGUCUGUGGAGAAUUAGACUGUGAAGAUCACCGAGACGAAGACGAAAUGGAUAUCGAAGAAGAUGGCAUGUUCGACGACGAUGAUGAUGAUAGUUUGAAUGAUAUGCAAUUCGAUAGCGAUGGUCAACUAGUCGAAAAUGAUGAUGAUGAUGACGAUGAUGAAAAUAAUGAUGACAAUGAUGAUGACCUUGAUGAUAAUGAUGAUAAUGAAAAUUUAAAUGAUGAUGAAAUCUUGGGUGGUGAUAGUGAAGUUGAUGAAACUGAAUUGUUUAGUUCAUCAGAUGCAGAUGAUUCUUCUCUUGAAUCUGACUUGGAUGAUAAUAAUUCGGAAGUCGCCGACGAUCAUUCAGAAAUUGACCAUUCAGAUGCCGACUCUUCUCAAACUGAAGAUAUUCCUGAAUUGAAAGAAAUUACAAUGGAAUACAUCAACAAAAUUGAACAAGAAUUGAAAGAUGAAGAAAGUGAAGAACAAGAUGACGAAAAUGAUGACGAAGAUGAAUCGGAGGCUGAAACUCAUCUUGAUGAAGAAGAAGUAUCGACUGAUCAAGAAGAAGAAAAUGUAUCAAAUGUCAAUCAACACUUAUUAGCAGACCAAGAAAAUUUGGCUCUUUUAUUAUCAGAUGGAUCUAAAUGUUGUGAUAUUGUCUUAUCCAAGAAACCAAAUAAAUCAAAGGGUAAAUAUGAAUUAUUCAAUACCUAUGGUAAUGGUCUUUCCAAUCCUUAUUUAUUACAAAGAUAUGGCUUUAUUACUGAAAAUAUUAAUGAUAAUUGUGUUUUAUCAGUACAGUUAUUCCAAUAUUUGAAGAAAUUUAAAUCAGAUAAUUCAGAAUUGAAAAUUAAACAAUUAAAUAAUAAAUUGGAUUGGUAUGAACAUAUUGGUUUUGAAUUUGUAAAUGACUUAACUUGCCAAUACGAAUCAAGACCAGCUCUUCCUGAAGAUGAUUUGGAAGAACACCCUCAUGAACACUCCCAUGGCCACGACGAUCACGAUAGGAGCCAUUGCCAAGAUGAAGACUGUCAAGAUGAAGACUGUCAAGAUGAAGACUGUCAAGAUGAAUGUGAAGAUGGUUGUUGUGGUGGUGAUGAUGAUGAUGAUGAAACUGAUGAACAUACCCAAAUUCUUGAAGAAAAUCUUCCAGAAUCGUGGCAAUUAUCACCUCGUGUUACCGCAGAUGGUUCAAUAACUCCUCAAACUUACGCAUUGAUCAAAUUACUCAUCAUGCCGUAUAAGUUAUUUCACUACAAAUUAAUCGAAUGUGCUAGUGAAGGUAAAUUGGCGAAAAGAAUAUUUCAAAACUUGUUACCGUAUGGGUUAGAUUCUACUUCAGAUAAAUAUUACAACCAGGUUUACCUGUUGGCUAAAAAAUGGUGCAAACAAAGAUUAGAUAGAUAUAGAAAAGAAGAAACUAAAAUGGACGAUGUUAAAGCUGAUAUCGUGAAGUCUCUUCUUGAAAGAGAGAAAUCAAUUCUUAAAUCAGUAAUCGCAAAAAACUGA